UCCAUUGAAUUAGAUUUAUCCUGAGGAGUGACUGGGAGGUUGAUUAAAUUCCUUAUCACAGUGGCAAUAGCAUUGCUUGUCUUAAUUUUGAAAAUAAAGAUUCCUCAUAAAUACUUAUAACACUACACAGAAAGAAGGAUAUUCAUUUGCUGUCAUUCAUCUAGGUGUGAUUCCUAAAAAAUUCCAGAAAAGAGGGUAACAUCUGAAGUAGCACUGAAGGGAUCCUGCCAAGCCAGAGGACUGUUGUAGUUCUUUACUGGAAAUCUUCCAAGUAACAUAAUGAAAGGAGAGACACCUGUAAACAGCACAAUGAGCAUUGGGCAGGCCCGUAAGCUGGUGGAGCAGCUGAAGAUUGAAGCAAGCAUGUGCAGAAUAAAGGUUUCCAAGGCAGCUGCAGACCUGAUGGCAUACUGUGAUGCUCAUGCCUGUGAAGACCCCCUCAUCACUCCUGUGCCGACAUCUGAGAACCCCUUCCGGGAGAAAAAGUUUUUCUGUGCACUUCUUUGAGCUCAUGCAAAACGGGCUGUGUGUUUCAAGAAAAAAUCUUUCAGCAGUUACAGUUUGCACAGCCAAGCAUCUUAGGUAUUUUUUCAUGUAUUUGCUUUGUGGAGAAUAGAACACUUGUCUGGAAGAAUUAUGCUUGCUUUCACUUGAAAGAGAUCAGAUGUGGCAAGCAAAUAAAGAAGCUAGAAUAUUCUUUGAACUCGAUAAUAGUCAAACAAGCAUCUACUAAAGGGCUAAAGUAAAGGAGCAACACAUAGCUUUCAGGAAUAAAUUAUUGAGAAUGGAACUUUUGUUUUCUUGGUGGGAGUCUAUAGGAUUGUUCACUUGCUUGGUUAGCUCUUGGUGAUCUAAUUUGACUACAUUUUUGAUCUCAAAGAAGCUGUAAGGACUUCCCUUGCUUUUAUUUGGCUAAGCAAAAAUUUUACAUGUUUUAGUGAAGGCAGAUUUUUUUUGUAAAGUGUCUAAUUUAUUGAUACAUGUACAAAGUCAGCAGACUGCCCAGGAGAAUACCAUUUCCACAAAGCUAUGUUAACAGCUAAACAUUUAGGAAGAACACACAAUUUAAGAUGCUUAUUGGGGAUACUCUGUUUCUAUAGGUUAGUUUAUUUAUUGAUGUAUGAUGACAAAUGAAAAAUAAAAUACCUUUGGCUGUGA